AUGGAGGCCCCUCAAGCUGCACAGUCAGCAUCUCCACAGACACCAGACUUGGCCGAGUUUAGCUUGGACGAGGAGGAUGACGAGGCGGAAGCCGAGGGAGAUGAUGCUGACGAAGGUGGAUCUGUGGUUGAUGAAGUGGCUCAUGUCGAUCCUUAUGAGCUGGCGGACUCCGACGGAGAAAUCUUCGCAGCACUUGAGAGGGCCGGCCUGCAAGCAGGUGAGACUGAAGACAACCAGCUUGAGUCCUCCGAUGCCGACUCCGAGGCUCCACUGGAAGCGGCCGAUCCAGGUCCUCCGCCGGCGCCUGCGGUCGAGGCCAAGCCACCAGUCAGUGCAGAUGCUGUCACAACAGCCCCUGCUCCCAUCGAGCGAAUUGAGCGCCCGGAAGCCGUGCAGGUCCAACAGGUGCCGAUGCGCAAGCCAGACCCUCCGCCGGCCAAGGCUGCACCCAUCGUCAGCGCAGUCCCAAAAGCUGAGCCGACCAGGCCUGUGCCGGCGGCGGAGGUGCGCCAGAGCACUACUCCGAGCACGGCGCAUACGCCCAGUACUCCAAGCCGGGUUAACGCAAACAAGAAACCGCGGGUCGUGAACGACUCCGCUCUUGUUGCGGGUUGGCAUGAACUCCUGGCACGGACGCGACGUCAUCCUGAUUUUCCUGCUGAAUACACCUCGUGUUUUGGCACGGAGGGAAAGAGCUGGCUCAAAGCAUCACGUGGCAAGGGCCGGUUCGUUCUAGGAAUCGACUGCGAGAUGGUCUAUGCCAAGGAUGACAAAGACGCGCUUGCCCGUGUGUCCGUGGUGAGCUGCUCCGGUGUCAUCUACGACGCACAUGUGCAAAAACGUGCAGAGGACGUGCUGGACUAUCGGACGAGGAUCUCUGGAGUUGAGGCGCACCAUCUCCUGGCAGAGAACGGG